UAGUUGCAAGUAAAGAGACAGCAAUAAUAUCUCUCACUCUUAAGAAAUGUUAAAAAAAAAUCAAUACUUAAUAAUUAUCAAUUAAUUGCAAGCAGCACAUGCGUAUAUCACUCCCAAUUUAUUUUUUAUUUUUAUCUCUACUUAAUGAAACAGUAAAUGUCUCCGAAAAUUGGGUCAUUUUAUCAGAUUUUGAUAUAAAAGAAAAAAAAAAUUCAUUCCAAUAUCAAUGCAAAUGAUUUUCAAUUAUUUUAUCCCAAUUAACCACAAAUAAAAUCUGAAAAUGUCAAAAAAAUAAAUUAAAUAAUAAAAACAAUGUCUAAAUUAUCUUAUAAAAAUUUUGAGUACUUACUGUGCAGCGUAGUUGAAGAUCCUCUGGCACUGUGGUCGAAGUUUGUGUCUCUGGAUGGAAAAAUAAAGAGAGUCAAGGACGAGCUGCUGAAAAAUGACAGAGUGAUUGAAAUAACUGGAAAAAGCGAGCGUAGUAACAGCAAAGAUUACAUACCAACCUCACUGACCUGUCCUUCAGAUUCCGAAGCUUUUCUCGAUAUAGAACUUCCGAUUAUAGUGUUUGUAUUAAAAAAUCUCAAGCUUGAAGGAAAAAUCGAAUUUCAGAUUAAUGACCAGUGCAAUUUUCGACGUCGCUUCGUUUUGGUAGCAAACACAGCACGUGAAAAAAUAAAAAAAGUAACAUCAACAACAGCAUUUAUACCUCUGACACUUGCAGACAAUUGGAACAAGCUUGAAAUAAAUUUAUCAACUCUGUGCAAAGACACUUAUUCUACUGAUUACAAGUCAUUAUUACGGAUAAAGUUACAUCCUAAUUUCCGGUACCGGCGUAUUUAUUUACAAGAGCAUCAUUAUGAGCAAAGUAAUGACGUGAUCGACGAACUUCACCAAGCGCUGGUUAAUUUUAGUUCUUUAAAAAAUAAAAGUUAUUCUAAUGAGAAUAAAUAUUGCCAGACACAACCAAUUAUCAACUCUAAAGUUACGUUGAAGAAACGUAAAAUGUAA